UACGCAGUUUCCAGUUAUUGCCCAAUGCCCAUUAGUAGUCUUGAAAUAUCUAUGUAUUUGAGUCUUAUGUUCCGUUGAUAUUUAAAAUUAUUUAUUGUUCUCAAAGUUUUGGUUUCGAUAUUUAUUACUUACAUAGCUAAAAUUGUGGUUAUUCCAUUUCGGGAUCUGUUUUAUAUGACCAAAAGAUUAAUUAGCAUACAAAUAAUGCAAACAAAGUGAAAAGCUAAUAAUAUGGCAGGAUUUAAAGCUUUACGCGAAGCGAGCUUAAACUUAGGCCAGGAACUUAAAGCCCAAGCUGAUAAUUUAUUAUGCGCUAAAGUUAAUGACAAUUUCGAAGACGUCGUUAGAAAGAAACAGGAGAACUUAUCCUUUCUUACUUCAAAAUUGCGCUUGUUACAAGCAAAGACGGUGUCAGUGCCUAUGCAAGUGAAAGAAACUGAAAUAGAUGCUGAGGGAGUCAUCAAUAACUACACUGAAACUGUGACCCUUAAGCUUAUUGAACAGCAAUUUGUGAAGAAUGUCACUCAAAGUAAUGCGGUGAAGGAGCUUCUAGCAACACCUAAUGAGGCUCUUGAACCCGAAUUAGUAGAAAGGAAGAAAAACAUCCUUGAAGUAGCUGCUGAAUUUGCUGAUAAGGAAUUGAAACUACAGCAUUUAUAUAACACAUUAAAAGAGGAGCAUAGCACAUUAUUGCAGAUGCGAAAAGAAUGGGACACUGUAAGGGCAAAACUAAAAAGUAACCAAAGAAUAAUACAUAAUAAGGAACAGGGCGAAGGACCAUUGUAUAGGAAACUUCAAAGUGUGGUUGCGAAAAUGGAGCAAAUGCGAUGGAUGAUACCUAAACUUGUAAUAGCGAAGUCUAGACACUAUGAUUGGGCAAGUGACCCCAAUUCAAGACUAAAAGUGCUAGCUCUAACACGACAAUGUUAUACUGUACAAUCAUUUACUGACAACUAGCUAUUAUGUUAGUAAACAUAGUUCAUAUAACUCUAUAUUUAAGUAUUAUAAGUCAGUCAAGACACGACAAGCUUCUUAAGUUAAAUUGUGAUAAUUAAACAUCAUUUAAUCAAGUAGGAAUGUAUUAUUUUAUGAGGUAAAUAAAAGCUUUAUUAACUAUUCA